AUGGGCUCUGAGCUCAAGGUGCUGGACAUACAGGUAUGGGAUAACAAAGACCUUGUGAAGAAGCAGGUUCUGGUGGUUACUUGUGCUGUGGUGUCUUUACAAAAACAGGCUGGCUCUGGGCUCUGUUUGCUGCUGAGGCUGCAGGAGGAGUCAGGUUUGGAAAGCAGCAAGUCUGGAGAAGGGGAGAGUGUGGUGGGGCACUGCUCAGGGGGUGCUUGCAGGCUGUGCAGGAGAGCAGUGAGGAAAUUGGGGACACCAGGAGAUGCAGCACACUCAUGGAUGGAAACCAUCCAGAGGAGGGGACAGACACAUCCACCAAGGAAGCCAAAGGCUGCAGGGCUCACUCAAGGAUUUCAGAUAGGAAGAUGUCUUCAUCAGUGCAGCUCUUCCGAGAUCAGAAGUACCACGAGCUGAAGGGGCAGUGCCUCCAGCAGGGCCAGCUCUUUGAGGAUCCUGAGUUUCCAGCCUCGGAUGAAUCCCUUUACUACGACUCGGCAGCAAAAGGGAAAGUGGAAUGGAAGCGGCCAAAGGACCUCUGUGAAGACCCCCACCUGCUUGUGGAUGGAAUGAGCUCCCACGACUUCCACCAGGGCAAGCUGGGGAACUGCUGGUUUGUGGCUGCGUGCUCCUGCCUGGCUCUGAGGAAAAGCCUCUGGCAGCAGGUGAUUCCAGACUAUAAGGAGCAGGAAUGGGACCCUAAAAGCCCAAGGAAAUAUGCUGGGAUUUUCCGUUUCCGUUUCUGGCACUUCGGGAGGUGGACAGAGGUGGUGGUUGAUGAUCUGCUGCCAACAGAGAAUGGGGAGUUGAUCUACUGCCAUUCCAACGUGAGAAAUGAAUUCUGGAGUGCUUUGCUGGAGAAAGCUUAUGCCAAGCUGGCUGGAUCCUACCAAGCCCUGGAUGGAGGCUGUGCUGCAGAAGCUCUGGUGGAUUUUACUGGAGCAGUGGCAGACUCCAUUAAUUUGGCAGAGGGCAAAUAUGGUGAGGUUAUUUCAGAGCAGAUGAAGCUGUUUGAAGACUUGAUGAAAGUGCAUAAAAGAGGAGGGUUCAUCAGCUGCUCCAUUUCGGAGUCCCUUGGCCGCCCCAGCGAGGCAGAGACAGAGAUGGGGCUCAUUGUGGGCCAUGCCUACUCCGUGACUGCCAUCAGGAAACUGCGCCUCGGCGAGAGCCUCCUCUUCUCCUUCCAGGCACAAAAGCUGUUCAUGAUCAGGCUGAGGAAUCCCUGGGGGAAAAAAGAAUGGCAUGGUGCUUGGAGUGACAGUUCUGAAGAGUGGAAGAAAGUCAGUGAUUCUGAGCGCAAGAAUUUGGGGCUCACUGUUGAGAAUGAUGGAGAGUUCUGGAUGACGUUCGAGGACUGGUGUAAGAAUUUCACAGAUGUGGACAUCUGCAGGACUGUGAACACCUCCUUCUUCAGCCUCCACAAGACCUGGGAGAAGGAAAUGAUGUAUGGGGCUUGGGCAAAGCAUCCAGAGCCCCAGCUGAACAGAUCUGGGGGCUGCUUUGAUAACAGAGAGACCUUCCUGCAGAACCCCCAGUACCUCUUUGAUGUUAAGAAAGCCGAGGACAAAGUGUUGGUGUCAUUACAGCAAGAGGAUCGAAGAAAGUACAAGAAAGAAGGGAAAGGAGACAAUAUCACAAUUGGCUUUGAAAUCCUCAAGGUGGAGGACAACAGGAGGUACAGGCUGCACAAGCUCACGGUGCAGGAGAGAGUGGCCACAUCUCCCUACUCCAACACACGCAGCGUGUUCCUGAGGAGGAGCCUCCAGCAAGGCCGCUACAUCCUCAUCCCAACCACCUACAUCCCAGGUGUCCCCACAAAGUUUAUCCUCAGGCUCUACACAGAUGUGCCCUCAAAACUCAGGGAGCUGAAGGCAGAUAAGCCUAAAAUGACGUGUUGGAGUCUUCUCUGUGGCUACCCACGCACAGUCACCCAAAUCAAAGUCCACUCUGCAGAGGGUUUGCAGAAACAAGACAGAUCAGGAGGAGCAGAUCCCUACGUGCUCAUCAAGUGUGAGAACCAGAGCCGGCGCUCCCCGGUGCAGCACGACACCACCAGCCCCGUGUUCAACACCCAGGUGAUCUUCUACAUGAAGGACAUGGACAGUCCUGUCACCAUCCAGGUCUGGCACAGCAAGCUCCUGAGUGACCAGUUCCUGGGGCAGGCGGUGCUGGCAGCCUCCCCCGGUGAGCCCCGCGAGCGGCAGAGGCUGCGGCUGCGGGGCAGAGGCGGCGGGGAAGCAGCCGAGGUGCCGGGUCACAUCAGCGUCACGGUUCUCUGCAGCGAUGACCUCGCCGAGCUCUGA